AUGCGAUCGACCGAGGCGAUUCACCGGCUACCAGUUUCACAUAGCGGCAGUGGCGGCAGGGUACAACGGUGUAGGGGAAAGGAACAGCUGCUAGAUCGGCAAGCUGUGGAGAAAUUAUCGUCGAGCGCGGGCAAGUGUUGCGUCGGCGACGAGAUUACAUUAGCGGAUCGUUGCCUAGUGCCACAGGUAUAUAAUGCGCGGAAAUUUUAUGUCGACCUGAGACCUUAUCUCACGAUUCUAAGAGUGGACCGUCACUUGGAACACCAUCCGGCCAUCAUCGCGACUCAUCCCAAUAAUCAGCCCGAUUGUUCGAGGCGAUCAAGUAGCAAGCGAGGCAAACCACCCUCUUUCUCUUUUAAUCUUUCAGAAGACUGCAAAGUGGUGAUCUAACAUAUGACAUGGUGAUACCACUAUGAUACAUAGUGAUAAAAAGUGAAUGGAUUGCAUUUGUUCCGAUUUCUAUAUAUUUAAAUUUGUAUGAAUUAAAGUUUUUAUAUUUCUAUAA